AUGGGGGGCACCGGUACAAACCACCAACCGACCCAUGUCUAUUACUUCAUAUACUUCUAUUACUGCAUAUACUUCUAUUACUUCGUAUACUUCUAUUACUUCAUAUACUUCUAUUACUUCAUAUACUUCUAUUACUUCAUAUACUUCUAUUACUGCAUAUACUUCUAUUACUUCAUAUACUUCUAUUACUUCAUAUACUUCUAUUACUUCAUAUACUUCUAUUACUUCAUAUACUUCUAUUACUUCAUAUACUUCUAUUACUUCAUAUACUUCUAUUACUUCGUAUACUUCUAUUACUUCAUAUACUUCUAUUACUGCAUAUACUUCUAUUACUUCAUAUACUUCUAUUACUUCAUAUACUUCUAUUACUUCAUAUACUUCUAUUACUUCAUAUACUUCUAUUACUUCAUAUACUUCUAUUACUUCAUAUACUUCUAUUACUGCAUAUACUUCUAUUACUUCGUAUACUUCUAUUACUUCAUAUACUUCUAUUACUGCAUAUACUUCUAUUACUUCAUAUACUUCUAUUACUUCAUAUACUUCUAUUACUGCAUAUACUUCUAUUACUUCAUAUACUUCUAUUACUUCAUAUACUUCUAUUACUUCAUAUAG